AGCGGCUCCGUCCGGCGGAGGGGCUGAGAUGAAGCGCAGACCCGGAGAGGCACACACCGCCUUCCAGCGCCGCCCGACCGGGACCAGGCUCCGCGCCUCCGCCGCCGAAGGCUGCCCCCGCUCCGGCUGCCGCUCCGGCUGAAGGGCUCCGUCCAUGCGGAGGCUGCUGCUGUGUGUGCUGCCCUGCGCCGCCGCCGUCCUGCUGCACUUGUGGUUGGUUCCGCGUCGCUCCUCCGCCCCGGACGGCGACACGCAGCCCGAUGCUUCGUUGCCGUUCUUUGAUGUCCUGGUUGGAGUUCUGUCUGCGAGGCAUCACGGUGAACUGCGUCAGGCCAUAAGGGACACGUGGCUGGGCUACGUCCACGCCCACCCCCACUUCCACACCAGGGUGGGGGUGCGGUUCAUCGUGGGCCAACAUGGGUGUCCCGUCCCAGAGGAGGACCGCGAGGAUCCGUACUCCUGCUCCCUCCUCAACUUCACCCAACCAGCGCCAGGGCAGGACUCUGAGAUUGAACUGGUGACGGCGUCUGACCCGGCGUUGCUCCUCCCCUCUGACGUGGGCGCCGUCGCACUGGACUUCAAGGUUCUGCACCCGGUGGUGAUCACCCGGCUGGGGGUGUUCCCCCGCACGGCCAAGCCCCGCCUCCCCAGCAACGUCACCGUCAGGCUCCUCCAACUGGACCAGGAGGAAGCGGUGGUCACUGCUCGCUUCAGCGCCGUCAGCACCGGGACGCUGGUGAACGGCGUCUGGUACAAACCGGUGGAGCAGUUCAUCCUGCCUAAGGGUUUUGAGGGGACGCUGGUCUGGGAGAGUCCGGACCCUGGUGGACUCACCUUGGUCAACGCUUCGACGGCGGAGCUCAACAACGGAGGCGGCGUCCUCAAGAUCUCCUCGAUCGCUGAGGGCAUCCUGCCUCAUCGAAGCGCUCUGGGAUUCCCGGGUUUGGCCGGAGGUUUUACCUUCACCAUCUACGACGGGGAGGGGCUGGCGGAGCUCCUUCGUGGACGCCGUUCCCGUAUGGCGAGCCACGCCUCCAGGCUGCGGCUGGAGGACGAGGCCCUGCAGGAGGAGAGCGAGCGACAUGGAGACAUGGUGUUGGUGGAUGUGGUGGACACCUACAGGAACGUGCCUUCAAAGCUGCUGCAGUUCUAUAAAUGGUCUGUGGGAAACGCUGACUUUAAUCUGCUGCUGAAGACGGAUGAUGAUUGUUACAUCGAUGUGGACUCGGUAUUAAUGAAGAUUGACCACAAGGGGCUGAAACGCAGCAAUUUCUGGUGGGGGAAUUUCAGGCAGAGCUGGGCCGUGGACUGCAUCGGGAAGUGGCAGGAGCUGGAGUACGCCAGCCCAGCGUACCCGGCCUUCGCCUGCGGCUCCGGCUAUGUCAUCUCCCAGGACCUGGUCCAGUGGCUGGCCAGCAACGCCGGGAAGCUGAAGGCCUACCAGGGAGAAGACGUGAGCAUGGGCAUAUGGAUGGCAGCGGUCGGACCACAGAAGUACCAGGACCCCGGUUGGCUCUGUGAGAAGGAGUGUUACCUGGACAUGUUGUCGUCUCCUCAACACUCGGCCGAGGAGCUGCACCUCCUCUGGGACCGGAGGCGGAGCUGUGGAGACCCCUGUGGAUGCCCCUGGAGCCACUGACCCAGCCCCCAACAGGAACCUCAUCUGGUCCAGGACCUGGAACUGGCCCCUGAUCCAGCUCCUGAACCAGUCCGUGAUCCGAUCCGGGUCCUGGAACUAGACCCUGAUUGUGUCAGGGUCCUGGAAGUGGCCCCUGAUUGUGUUGGGGUCCUGGAACCGAUCCUUGAUCUGGUCUGGGUUCUGGAUCUGACCCCUGAUCCAACUCCUGAUCCGGUUCAGGUCCUGGAACUGACCCCUGAUCCAACUCCUGAUCCGGUUCGGGUCCUGGGACUGACCCCUGAUCCAGUCUGUGUCCUGGGACUGACUCCUGAGCCAACUCCUGAUCUGGUUCGGGUCCUGGAACUGACCCUGAUCCAAUCUGGGUCCUAGAACUGACCCCUGCUCCUGCUCCUGCUCCUGCUCCUGCUCCUGAUCCAGUCGGAUCCGGUCCGGGUCUUCUCUUCCUUGCAUCACUGUGGGUAAAGACUCACUCGACACUCGUCUGUGAUUCAACGACUGGUUCCAGAUUUAAUGGUUUAAUGUUAACGACCUGCUGAUUCGGGUUCGGGUCGUUAAUAUAAACACACGUUGAAACGUUCGUAGCUUCGGGACGUUCAGCGUCACCUUCAGCUGUAGCUUCACUUCACGACUUUUAUCAUCGAUUUAUUCCGUUAAAAUCUGAGUGAAAUGUUGUAAUGGUUUUAUUCACACGGAGGUCGACGAUAAAAGCACAUUUACAAAAAAACGAAGUCUGUGAGAUUUAAUUCACAAAUAAAAAACAAUAUUCAGAUGA